AUGCUUCACGGCACGAAGUCGAAGUAUCGAUGUACUACAAUCAUCACCCGCAUCUCUCCACUUCUGCAGCUCCCUGUAGAAUUACGCCUUUUGAUAUACAAAUAUCUUGUGCCUGAUGGUGAUAUCUUACCCAUCAGGGUUCGAGAACGUCCUGAAACUCUAAGGAAAGACGGUGGAUCUAUCUGCCCAGCAGUAUUGUAUCUCAAUCGGCAGAUACACAACGAGGUGAUUCCUUUAUGGUAUGGAUCUGGAAACUUCCACUCCGAACUUUGGGAUUUCUCAGUGCGCGUUCCGUCUGCCUUAAGAUUCAUUAAAUCCUUGGAUAUUCCAAUCUUUGCGCAACUUGUUCCCCAAAAAGGCAUGCUUUUGGAAAGGCAAGGUCUGCCCAAUUACUCUGCUUUUAUCUUAUACUUUCUCGAGAAACAUGGCAUUCUCGAGCGUCUUGCAAUUCGUCUUACAGAGCAUUGA